AUGAGCUUUGAGAUCCUGGUGGUGCACAUCAUGCGGAGCAUUUGCCUGGCACCCCGUCUCAAGACCUUGCACUACCUCGUGGCCCUGGUGGCGCGACUGCUGCCGAUCUACUCCCGCCUGGGCAUGGUUCUGUUGUGCACGUUCUACUUCUUUGCAACCAUCGGGGAGCCGCUCUUCGGCGGACGCAUUUACAAAGGGAACCCACAGUUAGAUGGGUCUUCCUUUGCGGCGUCCCACUUCUGGGCCCUGAACUUCAACGACGUCCCUUCAGGCUUCGUGACGCUCUUCUCCCUGAUGGUUGUCAACAACUGGUUUGAGAUAGCUGGUGCGUGCAUUCUGGUGACGACCGAAUACUCCGCCAUCUUCUUUGUGUCCUUCUUCGUGACCCGACGCAGUGCAGAGCAAUUGCCAAAGUGA